UUACACAGCAGUUAAGACAUCCGGUGAGUGUGAGACACCGAGCAGCCAUCCCCGUGUGUCAGGAGGACUGCGCAGGACCCAGAACCCUAUCACGGUGCCUCCACCUCACUCACUGACACAUGAGACACAUUGACCAGAAGAUCCUGGAACUCCCUAACAAGAUCAUUCAGCUGCUGACUGGAGAGGAGGGAGAGUGUAUAGAGGAACACAGGGGUCUUUACAUGGACGUGAUGAUGGAGAAUCACCGGCCCCUCACAUCACUGGAUGGGCCCAGUAACAGAGAUUCUCCAGAGCGAUGUCCCCGUCCUCUGUAUUCCCAGGAUUCUACAGAGGAGAAUCACAGGAUCCCACAGGAGGAUCAGGUAAAACGUUUGUCUGUUAUUAAAACAGAAGAUAUAGAGGGAGAAGAAGAGACGUAUGUGACUGAUAUAAAGGCAGAAGAUACAGAGGGAGAAGAAGAGACGUAUGUGACUGAUAUAAAGGCAGAAGAUACAGAGGAAGAAGAAGAGAUGUAUGUGACUAAUAUAAAGGCAGAAGAUAUAGAGGGAGAAGAAGAGACGUAUGUGACUGAUAUAAAGGCAGAAGAUAUAGAAGGAGAAAAAGAAACGUAUGUGACUGAUAUAAAGGCAGAAGAUAUAGAGGGAGAAGAAGAGACGUAUGUGACUGAUAUGAAGGCAGAAGAUACAGAGGGAGAAGAAGAGACGUAUGUGACUGAUAUAAAGGCAGAAGAUAUAGAAGGAGAAAAAGAAACGUAUGUGACUGAUAUAAAGACAGAAGAUAUAGAGGGAGAAGAAGAUACGUAUGUGACUGAUAUAAAGGCAGAAGAUAUAGAAGGAGAAAAAGAAACGUAUGUGACUGAUAUAAAGGCAGCAGAUACAGAGGGAGAAGAAGAGACGUAUGUGACUGAUAUGAAGGCAGAAGAUACAGAGGGAGAAGAAGAGACGUAUGUGACUGAUAUGAAGGCAGCAGAUACAGAAGGAGAAGAAGAGACGUAUGUGACUGAUAUGAAGACAGAAGAUAUAGAGGGAGAAGAAGAGACGUAUGUGAGGGGUGAUCAGCAGUGUAAGGAGGAGGAGAUCCCUACAGAUAUCAGCACAGAUGGACACACAAGCAGGAAUAUCUCAGAAGGACAUCUAAUGUUAUCCCCGGAUUGUGACAUAAAAGAUAAUGACAGUAGACAGGAUUCUCCAGGAGCUAACCCCAUUACCCCAAUUAUACAUCCAGCUCUAUCAGCUGAUCCCUCUGAUCCUGGGAAAUGUUCUCCUGAUCACUCUGAUAUUGGUGCAUCUGUUACAGCUCUGACAGUAGAUACAGAGUUUCCAUGUGCUAUAGAUGCCAAAUGUUUUACACAGAACACAACGCGUAUUAACCCUCAGACAGCUAAGGCAGGUGAGAGGCAAUUUCCGUGUUCUGAGUGUGGGAAAUGUUUUACAUACAAAUCAGCUUUUGUUACACAUCAGAGAUAUCACACAGGUGAUAGGCCAUUUCCGUGUUCUGAGUGUGGAAAAUGUUUUAUACAAAAAUCACGUCUUGUUAUACAUGAGAGAAGUCACACUGGUGAAAAACCAUUUACAUGUUCUGAGUGUGGAAAAUGUUUUAUUCAAAAAUCAACUCUUGUUAUACAUGAGAGAAGUCACACUGGUGAGAAACCAUUUCCAUGUUCUGAGUGUGAGAAAUGUUUUAUAUAUAAGUCACAACUUGUUAGACAUGAGAGAAGUCAUACAGGUGAGAAACCAUUUCCAUGUUCUGAGUGUGGAAAAUGUUUUAUUCAAAGAUCAGCUCUUUUUAUACAUAAGAAAAGUCACACAGGUGAGAAACCAUUUCCAUGUUCUGAGUGUGGGAAAUGUUUUGUACAGAAAUCAGUUCUUGUUGCACAUCAGAGAAGUCACACAGGUGAGAAACCAUUUCCAUGUUCUGAGUGUGGGAAAUGUUUUGUACACAAAUCAGUUCUUGUUACACAUCAGAGAAGUCACACAGGUGAGAAACCAUUUCCAUGUUUUGAGUGUGGGAAAUGUUUUGUACAGAAAUCAGUUCUUGUUGCACAUCAGAGGAGUCACACAGGUGAGAAACCAUUUCCAUGUUCUGAGUGUGGGAAAUGUUUUGCACAGAAAUCACAUCUCGUUAGACAUGAGAGAAGUCACACAUGUUCUGAGUGUUAGAAGUAAAUCAGCUGUUUCACACAAUAGACAUCACACAGGUGAGGAACCUUUUUAAUCUAAUCACCAUUGCCAUGCAGUGUUCCUCAAGGUCCUGUCCUAUCUCCUAUGCUUCUUGCAAUAUACAUGCUGCUACUGAGUGAAACAAUCAGACGUCAUGCGCUGGUCUACUACUGCUGUGCCGAUGACCUCUUUUUUGCUCUGUGUACUCGGAACCCAAUACCAAUCCUAAGCGGCUGUCUAGCUGAGCUCCAGGUGUGGGUGAUACCAGUUGGCUGUGACCCAGUUGUGGUGAAACAUGUCCUUAUGAUAGCGUCUCACCUACAAAAGGCAGGGCUACAGCGUUACCAACCAACAUGGGGGAAGCUUCUGUCUGACCUCUCAUUACACAACGUAUCCUGAUCCCGGCUCUAUGUGACCUCUCACAUCUAUCACUUGUGUCACAUUACAUCUUAUACCUGUAGUUUUAUGUUUCUGUUGUUUCCCUGUUAUCUGUUCGGUAAGAUCACCUGCUCUCAUUGUGGGGGGGGGGGUCACUUUCUAGCAUGAGUGGUAGUUUCUGGAAUUGGAUCGCCCAGAGGAGUGUGGGAGUACCAUCCUGGAGGUGAUGAAGGGGUAAGUGCCUAUUACCUAAUGAUGGGGAUACGGUCUGGCUGUCACGUUCCUGGUACACACCUCUGCUCUGCCUAAUAAUGAGUGCCACUUUACAUAUGUGCAGCUGUACCAGUGUCACCCCACAUCUGUAUCUCACAGGGUGUCACAUAAGCCCCUAUAUCUGUUGUAGAUGCAGUAAUCAGCCUUUGGGCACAAUUUUAUAUAUAUAUAUAUAUAUAUAUAUAUAUAUAUAUAUACACACACACACACAUUCAUGGGUUCAGCACUCCCAAAGCCUGGUAGAUGGCUGCGUUGACUCUGGACUUAAUAAAGCACAGUGGACCAACACCAGCAGAUGACAUGGUUCCCUAAAUCAACACAGACUGCGGAAACUUCACACUGGACUUCAAGCAUCUUGGAUUUUGUGCCUCUCCUUUCUUCCUCCUCCAUACUAUGGGACCUUGGUUUUCAAAUGAGAUGCAAAAUGUGUUCAAAUCAGAAAAGAGGUCUUUGGACCACUGAGCAACAGACCAGUUCUUUUUUACUUUAGCCCAGGUAAGACGCUUCCUACUAGGCCAUUUUAGAGCACAUCAUACAUCCUUCAGCAGACAAGCUUUAUGGAGAUGCGGACUUCAUUUUCCAGCAGAACUUGGCACCUGCCCACACUGCCAAAAGUACCAAAACCUGGUUCAGUGACUGGGUUAACUGUGCUGGAUUGGCCAGCAAACUCACCUGACCUGAACCCCAUAGAGAAUCUAUGGGGCAUUGCCAAGAGAAAGAUGAGACAUGAGAUUGAACAAUGCAGAAGAGCUGAAGGCCAUAACACCUCAGCAGUGCCACAGGCUGAUAGAAUCCAUGCCAUGCCGCAUUGAGGCAGUAAUUCAUGCAAAUGGGGCCCAAACCAAGUACUGAGUACAUAUGUAUGAUUAUACUUUUCAGAGGGCCGACAUUUCUGUAUUUAAAAUCCUUUUUUUAUUGAUUUUAUGUGAUCUAAUUUUCUGAGAUUUGGGAUCUGGGGUUUUCUUAAGCUGUAAACCACAAUCAUCAAUAUUAUAACAAAUAAAUGCUUGAACUAUCUCACUUUGCAUGUAAU